CAAGGCCUCAAGGUUGUGGAUCCGCGCCCCUCGCAGGCUGUCGGGGUCCGGGCAGGGGCGGGGCGCGCCGCGCGUUUCCGGGAGGAGCGGCCCGUCUGCGGCAGGUGCGGCGGCGCGGCUCGCAGCUUCUCAGCACCUACUAGAGCCAAGGUUUGCUCCUAUGGCCAGCCCUGGGCAGCCUGGGCCUGGGGAGGACCCAGAGGAAGAGGAGGCAAAGGGAAUCUCAGCAGGCCAUCGUGCAGAGGUGCUGCAGCAGGCCCAGGAGCUCUUUCUACUGUGUGACAAGGAUGCUAAGGGCUUCAUCACUAGGCAGGACUUGCAGGGUCUGCAGAGUGAUCUUCCCCUAACGCCUGAGCAGCUGGAGGCUGUGUUUGAAAGUCUGGACCAGGCCCACACUGGCUUCCUCACAGCCCGGGAGUUCUGUCUAGGCCUGGGGAAGUUUGUGGGGGUGGAGUCGACCCACGGUGGGUCCUCCUUGAGGACUCCUGAGGAAACCUUUGAGUCAAGCACAGGGGGCUCUCUGGAGGAGGACAACGAUGUUGAGACAUUCUGCACUUCCUUAGAGAAGCUGGGAGUGGCCCGGGUCCUGGGCGAGCAAUGGGCUGUGAGAACACUCUGGGUCCGACUGCAGCGCGAGCGACCCGAGCUGUUGGGCUCUCUGGAGGAAGUUUUGAUGCGCGCAUCAGCCUGCCUGGAGGCGGCGGCCCGGGAACGCGACGGUUUGGAGCAGGCACUGCGGCGGCGGGAGAGUGAGCACGAGAGGGAGGUGCGCGGACUCUACGAAGAGCUGGAGCAGCAUUUCGGGGAGCAGCGACACAACGGCCAGAGCCAGAAACUGCUCCGGAAGGAACAGAGGGGCCACCUGGAGCUGGAACUGCAGACCCGCGAGCAGGAGCUGGAGCGCGCAGGCCUGCGGCAGCGGGAACUGGAACAGCAGCUGCUGGCCCGGACUGCGGAACAGCUAGAGGCACAGGCCCAGCACAGCCAGCUGCGUAGGGCCUAUGAGGUGAUAAGAGCACAGCUGGAUCAGGCGCAGGAGCAGCUCAGCCGACUGGAGGGUGAAGCACAGGGUCGUCAGGAGCAAACCCAAAGAGAUGUUGUUGCUGUCUCCAGGAACAUGCAGAAGGAGAAACUCAGUCUCCUAAGGCAGCUGGAGUUGCUGAGGGAGCUAAAUCUGCGGCUUCGAGAUGAGAGAGAUGCCUGUGAGACUAAGCUGCUGGGCAGUAGCCACAGGAAGGCUCUAACUAUUGCCCACAAGCCGGGACCCACCAACUGCUGCUGCUGCUGUGGCUGGGCUCGGCCCCCUAGACGAGGCUCUGGCCAUCUUCCUAGUGCCCGAUGACCAGCCUCAAAUGACUCACUUCCUUAUCUAGAAGGGGACUGGUUGUAGGUGGCCGUUGCCUGCUAGGUAUGUGGCUCUAGCCAGAAAGCAUCACCUGCCAGAAAGAACUGAGCUCUGAAUGGCCAAAGUCUCCAUCCUGUCUUCAUUUCUGUUUAGCUGACCAAUAAAGGCCACUGGCCACUGUGCACUC